AUGCUGCGGUCCAGAGACUCCGGAGUUAAAAAGCGAGCGGUCUUUGGCGCGUUGGAACCAGCAUAUGAGGGAAUAAUAAAUUAUCGACUCCCGGCGGAGAUUAUCGGUCUCUCGAAUACCGCACAUGACGUGGUGUUCCGGCCGGCUGGCGCGGCGCCGCCGCGGUCCGGCCUCGAUUCGCUCCCGCACGCCGCGCUAAUCGGACGAGUAAAAAUAGUUGCACAGUGCGGACUUUCGUUGGCCCUUCUGUCUUUUUUUUCUACCGGCUCGUCUCCAGCCCAAGUGGAAGGUACCCCGAUACCGAUUGUCUCAGGGAGGGUUUCCAAAAUCCCUCCCAUCUACAAACGUCCGACAACCAGCAACAUUUCAGUUGAGGAAGGAGGUGUUCUUAACGUUUCAAAAUCAUGCAACCGUCAGCAGCUUCCGUUAUCUGUUACUCGUGGCGUGAGAUCGCGGUCACUGGAAGAUGUCACCUCGAUAAAGGUGGAGACAAUUCCUCUGCUGAGCCCGACGAUGGAGACCGAACUUUUGAAGGAGCCCUGGGUAUUCCCGCGCACAAAAGCAAAUCUUAUGAAAGGAGAGGAACCCGCGACACUUUCCGCCUGGGAAGAGGACUUUCAGGAUCUGAGCAGUUGGUGCAUGGAUACGUUCCAGGGUCAAUGCGAUUUUCAUAUAGGUGAAUCGACUACAUUUAAACUAUCAGAUACAAAAUACGAGGGUAACAGCGUUUCGAUUGUAAAAGAGAAAGAGAUGUUAAAGGAUGAGAAGUUGGAUUUGAAAAUGGAUACCGUUAAGACGACUAAAGAAUCAAAUGACAAUUGUCAUUUGCUUCUAUCUCCAUCGGAACUCGUUAACGAAUACGGAUUAAGAUAUAAUAAUGAGGAGAACAAUGCAUCCAGUUCGUUGCUAAUACCACCAGAAUCUGUGGCUUCUAAGGCCACCUCGCCGAGCAAACAGCAUGACGCAGAUGUUAGCGCGCCGCUCCAACCCAGGAGUCAUGAUUUGGAUUACGCUUGCUCGUCGACGCUUAACACCGUCGCAAAUCAGCGCGAAACAUGGGAUGAAUUACGCACCAUCGAGACAACCGGUUCGGAUACUUUCGACUUGUUGUCGUACCUUUGGGAGGAUGAAAUACGUUCAAUGGAAAGUAAUUUAUCUACCGAUUCUUCAGCGAUGUUAAAAGUCAGACCGCACGCAACAACGUCGUCGUCGUCAGUACGAUCACUUACAUCAACAAAGGUGAAAACGGAGGAGACCGACGAACCGAUGCCACCUUCGCCACGUCGAAGGAUGGAGACCCGCGCGACAUCCCGGAUGAUCAUGACCUCGUCCACGGCGAAGUCUCCCGUAACGUCAUAUCGAAGAUCGGAGAGAACGAGGGCAGCGACUAUUAAAAGUAAAGAGAAGGAGAGUGUUACUGUCACCAGCACAGAGACAAAGAAUAACAACGGGAGGAAAAGAUAUUACGAGGAAAGCGACGACUCCGAGGAGGAUGUCAUUCUCACCCAAUACAAGGAGUGCCGUGUGAAAAAUAAUGAGGCCUCGCGGAGAUCACGAAUGAACAAGAAAGCUAAAGAAUCGGAAAUGGCCAAGAGAGCGACCGAACUGGAAAAGGAUAACAGGAUACUGAAGAUGAAGGUUGAGGAGCUGGAGAAGCUGGUGACGUCGAUGCGUAACGCGUUAUUACAAUCUGCUUUAAAGAAAGAAUUUUAAGUACGCGUUAUUGAAUAUUUAGACGUUCUCGCGACCUGUCGCGUAUAAUCUAAUUAACCACAUUUGUUACGUUUUUCCGUUAUGUCAUGCAUGCACUAUUAUUAUAUGAUGUCUUUUGACCACGA